ACAAAGAAAAGAAAAAGAAAAAGCACAAGCUGCACGGCACAAACCAUGGCCUCUCACCACAUUCCACUCCUCUCCAGCUUCCUUCUGAUUUUAGCAGCCAUUCAAGGCAUUCGUGCGGUCAACUACGCUGCCACUAACACUGCCAGCAACACUUCCGAUGGGGUUCACUACACCGUUACUAAUACUGCCAGAAACACUUCCGGUGCAAUUCGCUUCGACAACCAUAUUGGAUUUGAAUAUAGCUUACAAGCAUUGGCUUCUACUACAUACUUCAUAUGGAAGCUCUUCCAGCAAACUAAUGAUGCGGAUAAAAAGAAUGUGUCAAAAGUGAGUUUGUUCAUUGAUGACAUGGAUGGUGUCGCAUAUACUAGUAAUAACGAGAUACACGUUAGCGCCAAAUACAUCAAUGGCCAUACAGGAAAUCUUAAAGGAGAAAUCACCGGAGUGUUUUACCAUGAAAUGACACACAUAUGGCAGUGGAACGGUAAUGGGGAAGCUCCCGGAGGAUUGAUUGAAGGAAUUGCUGAUUUUGUGAGAUUGAAGUCUGGGUACAUACCAAGCCACUGGGUUCAACCUGGGCAAGGCGAUAGGUGGGACCAAGGCUAUGAUGUUACAGCUCGAUUUUUGGACUAUUGCAAUGAUCUUAGAAAUGGAUUCGUGGCUGAUUUGAAUAAGAAAAUGAUUAAUGGCUAUAAUGUUAAUUAUUUUGUUAAUCUACUCGAUAAGUCUGUUGAUCAGCUCUGGAGUGAUUACAAGGCUCUAUAUCAUAAAAAGGCAUCUAUUUAUGUGUGCGGGUGCAUGUGCACGCGAAUAUUUUUGUAAUAGGUAAUCAAGAAUUUUAUUCAUAAAAGGGGGCAAAGCCCAAGUACAGUGUGUAAAUAUAUUUAUAUAAAACAAGGAAAUGAUCAUUUUCUGAAGAAAAAGGAAAGAGAAUAAAAACAUCACAUAAAUCAAGAAUGGCCUGAAAAUAUAUCAAGUCAAACACUGUAGUGAUAUAAACAAUCAGGGCUUUUCACUAGCUGCUGAUUGUAUAUCGUGGGCUGCUGGCUGUGCAUCAUGGAUUCUAUAAUUUGCUUCAACACUCAGCAUCACCAUCAAGACAAGGGAAAGUCCAACGGUUAUAUUCAGAAAUCUUGUGAAGGUCAGAAAAAACCACCUGCUCGAUGAGCCUGCAUAACUCCACAUUCCCGCAAAAUUUAGCAACUGCAUAUAAGCAAGCAAUAGCAUGAGUAAGACUACGAGACAGAUCAUAUACAUACGAAUCAACAUUUUAAGUACAGCACCAAUAAAACUCACCUAAUCAUAACGUAAAUCAUGCUCUAAAGACAAGGGGUGUGGGAAAAUAAUUCACAGAAGGGGCACAUUGGUAAAAUAAAA